UGUAGUGGAUUGCUUGCGAGGCCGUUUGUUUUCAUUUAAUUUCUUCACCUUCUGUACGAGACAAUGCAUCGAGCGUGUUCGGAAAUUGCGAGUUACUGUGGCGACUAGGCCGCGAAUGAAUCUGUAACUAACUGAUUGGCUCGAUUUCGUUUGGCAUGACUGUAUUCAUCGCGCGAACACAUUUCGGCUACACUAGGACCUUGCGUCUGACUGGAAGUGUUUUGUGUGACUUUGUUGGCCGGUUCGGGAGAACGGGCCCUUACCGUGCAACGGAGUUGGUGUGAUGUGCACUCGGACACCGCGAGUCGCCAGUGAGAGCUCCUGGUGAAGACCAGUACAUUGCGACGUGUGGAGUUAAGUAAAGCCGACGAUGCCGACGGAGGCGUCGCCGACUCCUCGCUCCCGGCUCGCCCGGGUCCGGCGCUGCGUCCGCAUCUUCCUGACGCACCUGGUGUCCCAGGUGGGCCUCUGCCUGCUGGUGGUGGCGUACGCCAUCGUGGGCGCGCUCAUCUUCCGGGCCAUCGAGGCCGACAAGGAGGUGCACCAGCGACAGCGCGUCUCCCAGCUGCGACGCCGCUACCUACGCGACAUGUGGGACGUCACCGAACGGCUCAACGUGUUCCACGACGAGCAGUGGAUGGACGAGGUGGGCGUCAAGCUCAAGGAGUUCGAGGACGAGGUGGUUCUGGCUGUUCGCAACGACGGCUACGACGGCAAGGACGUCCAGGAAGAGGCGCUCCAGUGGUCCUUCUCGGGAUCGCUGCUCUACAGCAUCACCGUUAUUACAACCAUCGUGCUGGAGCAACAACAACAACAACAACAACAACAACAACAACAACAACAACAACAACAACAACAACAACAACAACAACAACAACAACAACAA